UUGAUCGUUGGACUUGGACCAAUAAAAGGAAAGUAGUUCUAACAGUGGAAGCUUUUGGCAGCGAGAGUUUGGGAAAGAGAACCUAAACUCUCUUCUCUCUAGCUUUCAUUUUUCGCUUCCGCCUCUCUGUGCGAUGGCUCUCUCAGAAAAAAGCUCGCGUCAAGCUCUGAUCCCGAGCUUCCUCUACUCCUCGUCUUCCGCCACGACGCUCGAGAAAAUGAUGCUCGGCGCAAAACCUAGAAGCAGCGGCGCAGGCCUCUCAUCGAGUCUUCUCGAAGGAUCGUCGCCGACGAGGAGGAGCAACGUCUUCGUUGCGGCCCCGAGCGAGCCCGGAAAGAAGAUUGAGAUGUACUCUCCGGCCUUCUACGCCGCCUGCACGGCCGGCGGGAUCCUCAGCUGCGGUCUCACUCACACGGCCGUCACUCCUCUCGACCUUGUCAAAUGCAAUAUGCAGAUUGACCCUGCUAAGUACAAGAGCAUCUCAUCUGGAUUUGGAGUGUUGCUAAAGGAGCAGGGUGCCAGAGGCUUCUUCAGGGGUUGGGUGCCGACCUUGCUUGGUUACAGUGCUCAGGGUGCAUGCAAGUUUGGAUUCUAUGAGUUCUUUAAAAAAUACUACUCUGACAUUGCUGGACCCGAGUAUGCAACGAAGUACAAGACCUUGAUCUAUCUUGCUGGUUCUGCAUCUGCUGAGUUCAUUGCUGAUAUUGCACUUUGCCCAUUCGAGGCAGUGAAAGUCCGGGUUCAAACUCAGCCUGGUUUUGCUAGAGGUCUUUCAGAUGGGCUUCCAAAGUUUGUCAAAUCUGAAGGCGCUCUUGGGUUGUACAAGGGAAUAGUUCCUCUCUGGGGACGUCAGAUUCCAUAUACAAUGAUGAAAUUUGCAUCUUUUGAGACCAUUGUGGAGAAUAUCUAUAAGCAUGCCAUCCCCACACCGAAGGACCAGUGCAGCAAAAGUCUGCAGCUCGGUGUGAGUUUUGCUGGUGGAUAUGUGGCUGGUGUAUUCUGCGCUAUUGUGUCUCAUCCCGCUGACAAUCUUGUCUCUUUCCUCAACAAUGCUAAAGGGGCAACUGUUGGUGAUGCUGUGAAGAAGAUGGGUGUGUUGGGUCUCUUUACGCGUGGGCUUCCUCUCCGUAUUGUCAUGAUUGGAACUCUCACUGGGGCUCAGUGGGGAAUCUAUGAUGCCUUCAAAGUUUUUGUGGGAUUGCCAACCACUGGCGGUGUCACACCUGCUGCUGCCACUGCUACUACAGUGAUUGCAAAGGCGUAGAAUUUCAGAUCAUCAGCGAAAGUUUUGUCAUUUUGUGGAACUUAGGAAGACAAUUAUAGGGAUUAAAUAAACAUAGGAUUGCAAGCGCUGCUUGGAUGGCUCUCAAAGCCAGUGGGAGUAUUCUUUUGCAUUUAUAACUCUUUCCAAUUUUCCUAAUUAUUAUGGGAAGGAUGGUUUUGGUCUCAUCCUUCUGGUUGUGUCUUCACAGUUAGAUCCAUAUUGAAUUUGCAAUAUGAUGUUAGAGGAUCAUGGUGCCCCACAAGCAUGGUCAAAAGAAUAAUAGCCAGGUGGGGGUUAUGCGAUUCAUACAAGCAAAAACAUAUUUUCUUGUC